AUGCAGCCCAACCCCACCCCUCCCGGGUCUCCUCGCUAUGAGAAGGAGACCCAUAUCGGCCUCCAGCCCGCCUCGAUCCAGGCGCGCAUCGCAGGUACUGCUGCGGUUCGUGAUUACGAGGACAAACAGACGACCCUUUCGUCUGCCAUCGACGCAACAAAAUAUCUGGUUGCCGACUUGAAGAACUUCAACCAUGGUGAAUGGAAGAUUCGCUACCCCCACUUCAGCCAAAACGCUCCCAACACGAUCGCAUCGGACGACGAGGCCAAGUCUCGUCGUCCGCCCAACCGCAGGACCCUCACGUUUGCCGACGAGCCCCUUUCGUACACCGAGGUUGUUCUCCAGGAGACCGCCAGCACAAGCAACCAGGUGAAGCGCUCGGUUACAUUGGCCCCCAUGACAGCGGAGCCCAACUCCAUGUCGGAGGAUGUCGCAGGGGAAACGGCCAGUGUCAAGGAGGAUUUCUCAAUCCUUCACCUCGACCUCAACCUUGGUGCCACUCGUCACGCCAAGGCUCUUAUUUCUCAGCUGGAGCGGUCUUCCAUCUCGGCUCUGAUUGACACCCGUCUGACCGCUUCCCUUUCGCACCUCAGCCUGCUCCACGCUCGUAUCCAUGAUGCCCAUUCCCGCGUUCUGGUAACCGGUGAUCUCAACGCGGGCAAGUCGACCUUCGUGAACGCCCUGCUUCGUGGCUCUGAGGUAAUGCCCACCGACCAGCAGCCAUUGACCACGCGUUUCGUCGAAGUCGUCAGUGCGGUUGAGAACGACGACAAGGAGGAGAUUCACAUUCUCAACUUGGACUCCAAGUAUGAUGCCCUCGACCCGUCGACCUUCACAGUGGCUCCCAUUGAGGAGCUUGAGAAGCUUGCCACUGAUAUGGACAACGACCCUUCAGCCCCUCCUCUGCGCGUCUUCCUUCGCGAGACCAAGAACGUUACCAACCCCUCGAUUUUGCACAAUGGUGUGGUCGAUAUCUCUCUCAUCGACGCGCCGGGUCUGAACCGUGACUCGAUCAAGACCACCGCCAACUUUGCGCGCCAGGAGGAGAUUGACGUCGUCGUCUUUGUUGUUUCAGCGGCCAACCACUUCACCCUUUCGGCCAAGGAGUUCAUUAUCCAGGCUGGCCACGAGAAGGCGCACCUCUUUAUUGUCGUCAACCGCUUCGACCAGAUCCGUGACAAGGAGCGCUGUCGCCGCGCAGUCAUGGAGCAGAUCAAGGAGCUUAGCCCCGAGACCUAUGAGGACGCCAAGGAUCUUGUUCACUUUGUCGACUCGGCCAAGGUCGCCUUUGGCUUCGAUGACAGCUCGGAUGAUGCCGAGGAUGUCGACGCCGCCUUUUCUCAUCUCGAACAGUCUCUCCGCUCGUUCGUUUUAGUCAACCGCGCAAAGUCCAAGCUGGGCCCCGCUCAGAAUUACAUUACGCACCUCCUCGCUGAUGUCGAGCUCCUUGCUUCCGCCAACACCAUCGUGGCUACCCAAGAGCGUGACGGCGCUCUGGCCGAGGUCGAUCGUGUCAAGCCCGAACUUGACCGCAUGAAGCGCGGCAAGGACACUUUUGAGGAUGGCCUCGUUGGUGAAGAGGAGGUCGUCACCUCCAAGGCCAUUGUUGCCUCCCAGAGCUCCCUCCGUCACGCUCUCGACAGCGUCGGCCGUGGUGAACUCGCCAAGGGUCUCGACAUGCCCGUUUACCCAGGACUUCUUGGUGCCUGGGACUACGCCGGCGAGGUACGCCGUGCCCUCCUCGCGUCGCUGGACAUUGCUGUACGCCAAUGCGAAGACGACGCUCGUGUCGCCACUACAGAGGCUGUCAAAGUCAUCACAACACUUGGCGAGAAGCACCUCCCGGUCGAUGUUGAGCGUUCGAAGCGCGUGUUCAACUCCGCCGCUAUGUUCUUCAACCACGCUGCCAAGAAGGGCCGUCGCACAUCCGGUCUGCAGUACGUCGGUCUCGGUUUGGCUGGCAACUCAGCCCUCUCGCACGUCGCGGUCUCGGACAUCUUCGACCUGCAACACCUUCUGUUCUUGACCGACUCGGUGCCCUCUGAGGCUGGAAAGCAGUCUGCCUUCCGCGACCUCAUUCCCGCCUCAAUGGCAGGUGAGGUGGGUGGCCUUGGUGCUGCUUCAUUGGCUGUCGGUGCCUUCUCUAUGGCUGGCAGCCAGACCAUGGCUCUUCGCACAAUCUUUGAGAGCGCCAUGCACCUCUCAGACCUUGCCUCCAACCCCGUUGUGCGCAAGUGGGCUGGUCCUGCUCUUGGUGUCAUGGCCAUUGGUGCUAUUGCGUACGUCAUCUACGAGCUUCCCCGCACUAUCCCCCGCAACGUUGGCCGCCACCUUCGCUCCGAGCUGCUUACUUCGUCGGGUGCCAUCGACGACGCCGACGAGACGCCGUUCUUCGAGGCCGAGGCGCAGCGCAUCGGUCGCGAGGUACGCAAGGUUAUGCGGCUGGCUGCCUGGGACCUGCGUGAGCGCUUCCGCACUGCUCUUGAGGCGCGUGGCGAGAUUGUCCGCCAGAGCGAGGAGACUGCUCGCGAAGCCACCCACGCCCUGGAGUGGUUCACAGAGGUUGAGCAGCGCGUCGAGGUUAUCCGCAGCCAGGUUGGGCUGAAGCUGUGA